AUGUAUCAGAAAGUGCCCGCGUUUACUGAAUUUAACGAAUUUGCCAGCAACAGCACUGGUGGUAAAAUUCUCUUUGCCACGGAUGACUUUUUUGCAGCAUGCGAAAACAUAAUAUCUGAUAAAGAUCCUGUCAACUUACCUGAAGAAUUUACAGAGUUUGGGAAGUGGAUGGAUGGAUGGGAAACCAGAAGGAAGAGGACACCAGGUCAUGACUGGUGUAUAUUGAAGCUCGCUUCCAAAUGCAUAAUUGCAGGAUUCUUGGUAGAUACCGCAUUCUUCACUGGCAACUUCGCUCCCAGAUAUUCUAUUCAAGCCGCCCGCCUGACGCCUGAUGAAGAAGCAUUAAUACCGAAGAGAAUUUCACGGAUGGGUACUGCGGCGAGCGAGUCCGACUUGGAACUAAUGAGUCUGCUUAGUACAGACAAAUGGGAGGAAAUCGUCCCAAUAACUGUGCUGCAGCCGGGCUAUGAGAAUACUAGGAUGAACUUUCAAAAGGUGGUCAGCGAUGAAGCUUGGACACACUUGAGACUUAAUAUAUAUCCUGAUGGAGGCAUCGCAAGGCUCCGUGUAUUUGCUGAAGUAAAGCCGGACAUACCACCAAGUGACCAACUUGUUGACUUAGCAUCUAUGUUGAAUGGUGCUCGGUCUAUUGACUUUUCAAAUGCCCACUUCGGACAUCCGAAAAAUAUAUUGAAACCAGGGAAGAGUGCAGUAAUGGCGGAUGGUUGGGAGACAGCAAGGCGGCUUGAUAGACCUAGCAUUAUUACAAAGAAUAAAGAUGGGACCCUUAAAGUACCAGGAGAAGAAUGGGCAAUCUUCGAGCUAGGAUUUCCCGGUAGAGCCAAAGAGAUUUGUAUAGACACGACGCAGUUCAAAGGAAAUUUUCCAGACACAGUGAAAAUUGAGGGAGCUUUUCUGAAAAAUGAGUACACUAAUGCAUCGGACAUUGAUUGGGAAAUCAUUGUUAAACCAUAUAAGCUCUCACCGAAUAAAGAGCAUUGGAUUAGCUGCCAUUCCGAAGUCAUCAAUCACAUUCGCGUCACUAUGGCACCCGAUGGUGGGUUUAGUCGACUCCGUCUUUAUGGUUUUGUUGAAACUGACUUAAUUUAA